CGUGUGCCAACGCUGGGAAAACGUCACGUAUACGAGCGUAAGGGGGAGCUGCAACCCUCGUAGGCAGGCCGUUUCCUUGGAAGAGGCGAAAGAACGACCAUCUUCAACUCGCAUAGCUAUUUCCGGCGGACCUAAUAAAGAAAAUGGCGGCAACUCGAAAACCAAAUGGCGCCCGGCUGGACGCCAACCAAGGCUUCACAAGAACACUGCUUCUUUGCAUGAUACUCCUUGUGCUCUGUGUCGAAACACUUGCACAAGGCUUCCCCCCCAUUUCGCUUCCACUUCCAACCAUUCUAAUCCCCACACUCCCAGGCCGUCCGACCACGACCCCAACAGACACUGCGUCGGACCCUCCUGUAGCGACCUCAACACCCCCAUCCAGCCCGCCGAGCAUUACUCCCACCAGCACUCCGCCUACGGUUACCUCCAUUACUGCGACCGUCAUAUCAACAUCAGCUUCCAGUAUCGCGUCUUCCACAUCGUCUAGUCUGCGAAGCACAACCAGCUCGUCCGCGCAGGCGAGUGUCACUGUCAUCAACUCAACCCGCUCAACGACUGUCACCUCCUCCGCUGCACCAGGGCCUACUCCUCAAACUGAUGCCCAAAAAAAAGAAGCAACGAAGAGGACAGUGUACGUUACAGGCGCCAUCUUUGGUGCCGCUGGCGGUGCUAUUCUCGCAGCAAUGGUGGGCAUCUAUAUCUUCCGCAAAGUGACACUCCGUCCAUCUGGGAACUUCCGCGACCGUAUGGCAAAGAGAGAUGGAGCCGACGGGGGUCUUGGCGUUUCCGGCGGCGCUGGACUCCAAAGACUCGACUCAGUCAGCACAGAAUCAAAUUAUGUGCCUGCAGACGGAAGGCAAAAGUUCCUGAUGGAUUUGCAAGGCGCCUCCCGCGCGCCUUCCCCAGGCCCGAUGUAUGCCUCCGACUACGCUCGAAGUGACUACGGCGGCACAAGGAGCGAGUCCGGAGGGGCGAGAAGCGAUUACGGCGGCGGCGCAGUAUAUCCUAAUGGCGCGCCGGUCAUGUAUGCCACCUACCCAACCAUGAGUGCUACAUCCGAUUACGGCGGCGCACGGAGCGAAUACGGAGGCCCAAGGAGCGAAUACGGACAUCCGGCGGACUACAACGGAUAUGCCCCAUCGGAGUAUGCGCAUUAUCCACCCCCGCCAGUAGUGGUAGGCGAGUAUGGUGCCCAGCAAUACUCUCGAUCUCAACAGAAUGGUGGAUAUUAGGGGCCGUCGAGACCCCUAUACCAUCUCCACAAGACUUUUAAGUUGCGGCGUACGCAUGGCUGUUGUAUAUAUGAAGCAAAUGAGCUCCCAGCCCCCCUUUUCCCAAAGCUCUUGGACAAGGACGAAAUACGGUGUAUUAAUGUAGAUGCUGUAUAGAACUGGAACUUUCACUGUUGGGUGCUGGACACUAUUUUUCCGUCUCGUUGCUUGCCAUUUGUUUUAUCAUU